GCCGUCUGGCUCGUGAUUGGUCAGAGAGCCGUUCAGAGGAAACAGCUGAUGAGGAAAACCUGAAGGAAACUUUAAUCUGACAGGAUUAAAAACAUCCGGCUGCUUUAAAUCUCUGAUCUCAGCCAGAGGUCGCUGUUUGACUACAAAAACACCACAAAUCAGAAAGUUUCCGGUGAUUUCUCCGCCUCAGUGGAAUGCAGCUUUCCGCUUCAUAACGCAACGUUCAACUGUUAAAACCACUUUGAUCCUUUUCACGAUGAACUUCAGCUCCAAUGCCCUCUGUGGCAAUCGCACCAGCAAAGAAAACGUUCCUUCUUCAAACAAAAGUGAUGCGCUGCAGGUCCAGAGAGCCAAGCAGCGCACCGUCCUCGGAGUGUUGUCAGAAAACGAGCAGCGCGGUCGAUCCCUCAGCCAGGGAAGCCAGUUUUCCAAGCACAGUUCGAUCUCAGACAGCUCCCAGCUGGCCUUCCUGGACCGUCCCUCCAGCUCCAGCUACGACGUUUAUGUUGAGGAGGCUUGUGAAGUUGUUCUGGCUGCGUCUGGCCAGGAAGUGGUUUCAGACAGCUAUUACCUAGAUGAUGAAACUGCUGCCUGGCAAAACGAAGAUUUGAGACUCCUGCUGGAAUUGAGUUCAAAUUCAGACCAGGAUGCUUCCAUGCAGUCCAACCCGAAUGAAUCCCUGAUGUCAGAGGAGGUGCUGCAUGUCUCCCAGUAUGCAGACGACAUCCACCUGUGCUUGAGGGAGAGUGAACUGAGGUCCAGGCCGAGGCCAGGCUACAUCGAGAGACAUCCAGAGAUCACCAACGGCAUGCGGGUCAUCCUGGUGGACUGGCUGGUGGAAGUCGUCGUAGAAUACAAGCUUCGUACUGAAACUCUGCACCUCGCUGUCAAUUAUUUGGACCGCUUUCUCUCCUGCACUGCUAAUGUGAAACGGGGCAAGCUGCAGCUGAUUGGCACAGCUGCAUUACUGAUUGCUGCAAAAUAUGAGGAGAUCUACCCUCCUGAGCUGAACGAGUUUGUGUACACCACAGACAGCACCUACACCAAGAAGCAGCUGGUCCGGAUGGAGCAUGUCCUCCUAGAGAUUUUAACUUUCAGGUUGGCCGCCCCGACCACCAACCAGUUCCUUCGCCUCUUCAUGUCCGUCCACUCCGUCUGUCCCAGCACAGAGAACCUCGCCCUGUAUGUAGCAGAGUUAAGCUUGCUGGAAAUCGAUCCAUUCCUAAAGUACACUCCAUCUUUAGUAGCAGCUGGAGCCUACUGUGUGGCUACGUACACUGUGAACAAAUCUCUGUGGCCAAACUCCUUAAAUGCCUUCACCGGUUACACCCUGGCUGAAAUCAUGCCCUGCAUGACCGACCUCUACAAACUAUACAGCAGUGCAGAGAGUCGCCCACAACAAGCCAUCAGGGAAAAGUAUAAGAGGUCAAAGUAUUGUCGUGUCUCAUUGAUUUCUGCACCUGCUGUCUGGCCGUUCCUAUGAAUAGCUGCCCCGCCCGUCUCUGACGCUUCUGCCAGAACAUUAUUAACCUGACAACAAAACAAACAAAGCUGAGCCAACUGCCAAUCCCAUAUAUGUCACACUUCAUCACCUUGAGAUGGGUCUUUUCUCUUUUUCUUCUUUUUUUUUUUUUUUACAGUUAAUGUCAAUUAAAGGAAUACUUUUUAAUAAAACCCUUAUACAUGACUGACAUAUUUACUUUGACUACUACUUUUAUGUGCAGGUGGUCAUGCAAAAAUAUUUUUUAAAGCUGUAUCAGUUGUUAUAUGU